AUGGCGGUUGAUGUGUGUUGUGAGGUCUCAAGCUUGGUAGUCAGCCCAAGAAUCUCCUUCUCUUAUGACCUCAAAGAAUCAGACAGGAUGAUCAUCACCCCUGUCCGAGAAUCCCAUCCUCUCAUCUCCACCAUUGAUUUCGAUUUCCGCAUCACAGCCGACCAAAUCUUCUCCUCCGCAGACGAGCUCUUUGCCAACGGCAAAAUCCUCCCCGUUGAGCUCAAGAAAUCCACACCACCAAAACCCUCUUCUUCUUCUACUAAUGAACCCACAAAACGACAUAUGCUUAAAGAGCUCCUAUCACUAUCAGCAAACUCAUCAGAAGAGAAACCGCCACCAUCAAAGCCACCAUUUUGGCAGUUCAAAAGAAGCUUUAGCUUGAACUGCGAAAAUGGCAGGGCCAAUAGCCUUAUAAGAUCUCUGCAGUUUCUGUCGCGAAGUAAUUCUACAGGCUCUUCACAGAAUCACCCACCGCCUGUGCUCCCAAGGCCCAUUCAGCGGCGGAGUUCAAAGAAAGAGCCUCCGCCGAUGGCUACACGCGCCGCAUCAUCAUGCGGUGGCCACCCUUUGAGAAGUUCAUCUAAAAAGAGUAGUAGUAGUAGCUGUAGCAGUAGUCCAUUGAAGAAGAGUAGGAGUGGUAGAGCUUAUGGUAGUUUAAAAAUUAGCCCUGUUUUGAACAUCCCACCUGUUUAUAUUUCUAAAGCGACUUUGUUUGGUCUAAGUUCAUUAUUUUGUAAUGCCAAGUCUAAAAAGAAGAAAAAAUGACAACUACAGUGUGUUUUAUA